ACUAAACGAACGUAAAUCUUUUGAUGCUUGCAUUUUUAUCUAGCCUUUGUUGAAAUUCUUCGUGCCGUUAAUUCUUUUCGAAAACAUUCCGAAGCCAAUUUAGUCGUUGUAGUUUAGGAGUCGUUGAGAAGAGCAUUUAAUUUUAAAUAUUCAAUAUGAUAGUUUGAUAAGAUAAAGUAGUUUUAAAAAAGUUUAGCAAGUGUUUUUACUGAUUAGACUUGUUAUGGAAAAAUCGUUAUAAAAAUGGAUUUGAACCUGUUACCGCUAUACACCUAUCAGCCCAGAAACUUAACUGCUCCCCUGUGGAAUCUCAUAGACACAUUGCCACAACAAUACUGUGACUUUGAAGUCAAGACGAAGGAUGCCAUAGAAGAUGAAAUAGCUGAGAAUGGUGACACGGUUACGUGUUACAUUUGUGAUGUGAACGUGCCAAAAGUGUACGUUCGUGAACAUUACCAGAGUGAGAAGCAUAACACUCACGCGGCGAUACUGGAUCUUAGCCUAGAAAGGAUUAAGCGACAGAUGGCGCUGCCUGCGUUUACAACUGCCCAUCAUGGCCGCACGUUUUACUGCCCCCACUGCUGUUGCGCAGUUAAAUCAACGAACAAAACUGCUCAUGACUCCUCCGAACUGCACAGACAAUCUGUACUGCACGAUACUAUGAUAAAAUCAUUAAAAUUAAUUUAUGAAAACAAAAACAACGUUUCGAAAGUGCUCGAUGACAUUGCUGAAUUAAUAAAAACGAGAGAAAAAGACCAAUUCGAUGAAAGAUUAAAAAAUAAUGGUACAUUGAAUACGCCAGACAUUUCUGCCGAUGCUAAUAUCAAAGAUGAACGUGAAGAAAUUCACAGUAACACACCGAGCGGACAAGAUUUGUUAGAGUUUUUCAAGAUAGUAACGGUACCUAAUUUCAAUCCAACUUUCCAAUUCGCUGGUGAAAAAUUCCUUCAUGUUCAAACUCCUUAUGGCGAUGUAAGGUUAGCUGUUGACAAUUACCACAAACUAAAAUCUUAUUUGGAGGAAAAAAUGGACAUAAACCACUGUCUUGUGCAAAAACCAGCGAAAAAAGAGGAAGUUGCAUUUUGUAACGUUUGCAAAGAGCACAUAGCUAAUAUCAAAGCUGUUAUCGAUGGACAUAUGAAUGCAGACGAACAUGAAAAGAACUACAUGUCAAUGUUACGAGGUAAUUCUAUGAUAAAAAUCAACGACGUAGUGACAUUCUGUUCAGCAUGUUCCGCGAAUAUGCUUGAAUGGCACGAAAUCGGCCAUAUUGGAGAAGAAAAACACAAAAAUAAUGUACGUGACAAAAGCGUUACCAUUGAUAAUAGUGAUUCUAACUCAGAAAGAGCUAGCACUAGCCAGGAAAGCAAUGAUUCUAAAACCAAAACGUCUGUCACUGGAAGCUCUGAAUUCAUCAAUAAAUCUGUUCUUACAAAAAACUAUAUAGCUGAAUUUAACAGGGAUUUGCUCUACUGUGAUGUAUGCCGCGUCUUUGUCAAAAAAUCACUUACGUUGUACCAUAUUAACAAAUGUGACCAUAAAAGUAAUUUAACAAAACGUGUAAAAAAAACUAAGAGCACAGUUGAUUUAGGCACAGUGAAAGCAGGCAAAGAACCACUAAAACCAUUAAAUAAUCUUCCAAAGGAAAUAGAGAGAACGGGAAAGAAAGUUGAAUGUAAGAUUUGUAAAGUGAAAAUACCUGAUACCGUUGCUAACAUAAACGACCACUUACUCGGUCAAAGACAUGUUAAGGCCGUUAAUGAGAAAGCUGAGAAAGAAAAGGCAAAAAACAUUACGUUUAAUAAUAAAAAUAUCAAACACGGUGCAGGCUCGGAUGGAACCAAUCAGAAAGUUACAGCGACUGUGUCCUACGCUGAAAUGGCUCGUUUAGAUAAAAAAAAUGAAAAUGAAUUAGCAGGAACUAAUAAAGAAGCCGUCAAAAAUAUCCAAAAAGGAUCUGACAAGGUGGCAAAGGGGAAACUUCACUAUGUGUUCACUAUCACGGACGAUCUUAAUAAAGCACGGUGUAAAGUUUGCAGCGAAGAGUUUGAUCUAGCGGACGCGGUCACUCCCGGGUUUUCAGAAACACAUCGCUCAUCAGAUGCGCAUAAGGAUGCGUACUCUGCUAAACUGGAGAGUCAAACUAUGUGCCGAGUCAACAAAAAUUGUUACUGUCUCUGCUGCAACGAAAUAUUCACUAUUAACUUAGAGUACUAUCACAUGAAUAGUACUUUACACCAGUUUAAUUUAAGCACGUGCCCUGAACGACUGGAUAAAGUCUGCCUUAGCAGAGUUGCAAUGUUAAAAAUUAUGGAUGCCCCUAGUAUUAGAAAAAGACAGCGUGUACGUCGCAAGUCAAAGGUGGCUGUUGCGACAUCUGACGCCAUAAAUGAACAACCAACUCCCAGAGAUGUACAUGAAACGCCAAAAGAAUCAGCAAUUAUAAAAUCCGAAAGUCUUCAAUACAUAAAUAGCGACCUGAAUAGCGAAAUAAGCAACAGAUAUGAUUCAAGUGACGAUAACCAUGAAAUAUUUCAAGAUACCGAUACUCCUGAUCUCUCUCAAACAGAAAACUACGACACAGACAUCGACGAGGUACUCCCGGAAAAUGCAAAUGUGAACAGCGAUGAUAAACAUGACGCUAACCAAAAUAACAAUAUCAACAAUGACUAUAAAGAGAACGCUGUAGAAAGUAAUGAUGCUCAACUUCAAGUAGCAGCUAAUGCGAUAGACGAACAUGAUACAGCUAACGUGGAAUAUAUUUUUCUUCAGAACAUGUCUGUUGAAAAUAUGGAAAUUGGUAGAACGGAACAGAACUGUAAUUAUAGAGUCUGUGAAGCCUGUGGUGUAGAUCUUUUGGAAGCGAACGUCGCAUAUCACUACGAAGGGACAUUUCAUAAGACAAACGAGAAGCUCUUUCUAGAAAAGAAAUUAAGAGCUGCCGUUCAACAGAUUGUAUCAAGCCAAUCGCAUGAGGGUGACACAAAAACUGACAAUGUAAUAGUGGACGGUUUCUGUACAAUAUGUAAUGUUGUUACAACAGAUUCAAUUGACGACGAAACCCACACAAAUAGGAAGGUCCAUCAAAAUAAAUUAAAAAAUCUUUUCAGUGAAAGAGAAACUGUAGACAAACCGAAAACUAUCGAAAAACGAUAUGUCUGCAAUAUUUGCAUGUCUAAAGGGUUUUCCACGGCUGACCAAUUACUGCACCAUAUGAAUGACGAUAAUCAGCAUAGGAAGAAAGUAAGAAGACUGGCUGCAAAAGUAGGAAAAUCAGUGGAAGAAGCUUACUUCAAAACACCCGUCGUUUGUAACACCACUGAGAGCGCAACAUCAAGUGAAGAUACAUUAGCGAGCACAAGCCAACCAGUUCUCACUGAAACCCCGACGAUUGACAAAGGCGUAAUUGCACCCGAAAGUACGCAAUUUUACUGGUGUGAGAUAUGCGAAAAGAAAGUGCCAAAUACUGCUUCCUGUAUCAACGAUCAUGUGCGCGGGAAAAAUCACAAACGUUGCAUGGAAAAAACAUUUGCUAGUAAACCAAAUAAUGAAGAAAAGACAAUAAAUACAUCGGCACCCAAAGAUGAAAAUGAUACAUCUUAUGAACAUACAAAUAAAACGCUAAGUCACGACAGCUCACAGACAGCUAAUGUAGAUAAGAAUUCAACUCAAGCAGCUGACGAUUUCAAAUAUAAUAUUAACACUAAUAGUCAAAACCACGGAGACAAACCAGAAGUAAAGGAUGGUCUUGGAAAUUAUACUGUGGUAAUCUCAAGCCUGACAGGAGACAAUGAACACGCUAACGUACAAAACAGGGUUCACGGGAAUAUAUAUAAUAAUAAUAACAUAAGCGGAAAUCUUUCAGAGCCAGUAAACGAUAAUAACACACAGUGUGGUUUAACAACUAUGAUUCACGAGAAAAACAUUGAUGGUCACGAUGGAAAUGUAAGUGAAACAAGCGAAUAUAGUGACAAUAAUGAUACCGGUUUCUUUGUAUGCAAAAUAUGCCUGUUCGCGGUACCUAACGACCCUGUCGAAAUAAGGACUCACUUGGCAGGCUUUAGACAUAAUAAAAAUGUGGAUUUGCUUAAAGAAAAUAAGGAGCAAGUCCCUAAUUUAAACGAAAUAUUUGACUGCGAUAUAUGUGGAGUUAAAUUACAUAAAAACGCCAUGCAAAUUAGUACUCAUUACAAAACGAAUGCACAUAACAGAAUACUUCAGAAAGUGCUAUUGAAGAAUAGUAUAAGAAUGAGGGAUGACCGUGUCUGCUAUUGUGUCCCGUGCGAUUUGUACUUUACCAAAAAUACUGUCUCUACCCACAUUGCGUCAAAGACUCAUUUAAUUUCAUUAUUUCAAUUCGAUCAACAAAUCGAAAAGUAGUACGUAAGCCCAAGAAAUUAUAUUAAUAAACUAAUCGCAGCUGAGACUGCCCUGAAGAAGAGGCUGAAAUCAUACAUAACAUAACAUAAACAGCCUAUAUACGUCCCACUGCUGGGCACAAGCCUCCUCUCAAUCAACCGGAGAGGGUAUGGAGCAUACUCCACCACGCUGCUCCACUGCGGGUUGGUGGAGAUGUUUUUACGGCUAAUAGCCGGGACCAACGGCUUAACGUGCCCUCCGAAGCACGGAAUCAACUUAUUUUUUCGGACAAUCAGGUGAUUCAAGCCUGAAAAGUCCUUACCAAACAAAGGACACUCUCACAAAGUGAUUUCGACAAUGUCCCCGACCUCCAGUGACAAUGAACCCGGACCUCCAGAUCGUGAGCCUAACGCUCUUAUCACUAGACCACGGAGACUGUUGACGCUGAAAUCAUUUUUGAAUAAUUAUGUACCCCAGCAAUGAGAAAAUAGGUAAUUAUCACGAUAAAAGUGAAGAACGCCAUCUAUCGUGUGUUUGGGGAACGUCGAUUGGAAUGCCCCUCAUUAUUGACUUGUCAAUUUAGUCCCAUUAAAAUCCACAGGACUUCUUUCGUAGAGCUGAAUCAGGGAACCGAAUUAUUAAACUUUUGCACAAGGUAAUGAAUACAACCGUACCAACCAUAUUGAAGACUAUAGAGAACCGGAGAGGAAAUAUGAUUGGCCACCUGAUACGACACGAUUCAUUUAUAACAAACAUUAUAGAAGGAAAAAUUGAAGGGAAGAGAGGAAGGGGUAGACCUAGCAUAACAUUUAUGAAACAAAUAAAAGAGAGGGUGCAGGUCGUGUCGUAUCGGGAGGUGAAGGUUUUGGCGGGAAGAAGAGAGGAAUGGCGAUUACCCCACCGACAAGAGCACAGCUCUUAAAUAGAGAGAGAGAAUGUAUACAAAUUACCUAUGUUAUUAGUAGCUUGGUAUUAGAAAGGUAAGACCAUGGUUUGUUGUAUCAUGAUUAGUAGUAUGUAUCCUAGUAUAUGAAAUUUGUAUUUUUUGAUGAAUAAAGUUUAUUGAAUUUAUAA